AUGCACUCGGUCACCUCACCCGCCGAGGCCAAGCCGACAAGCCCACGUAUGAGGGCUGCACUCGUUAGGCCGGGUGAACAACACAAAGCAGCAAUCUACCCGGACAGGCGCAAGCAGUGCGUCAACCUGAUUUUCAAACCCAUCGAGCCAAGCAGGGACACCGACAAGAACGUCACGCCGCCACACCUUAUCACAGACGAACUGGGGGGCCGUGACGGCACUCCUACAAGACGAAUCACACGAAAUGAAAUGCAAGGCACAAUGGUGGAACCACCAGGGCACUCACCGUACCAGGUCCGCAUGUGUGCGGAUGAAGUGUCACGCACAGCCGUGCCUGGGUUUGCAUCCACCAAGGCGUGCGGGUAA